GAUCAUGGUCUUGGAUAUGAAAGAACUUUAUCCAUCGACCGGAAGGCGUGAGACGCAACUUUUACGCCGUUAUCACGCUUGCCGCAGCAUUCGCGUUCUAGCGAUACCAAACUUGUAUAUAAACAUUAUAUUAUGUAUACUGUAAGAAAGAAAAAAUAAUACAUCGUAUUUACAUGUGAUUUAUCAACGAAUACGGCGGUAUUACUGGCGCGUGUACGAUCAAAUCGCAACGAGGGUUCUCCGAUGACUGAAAAAUAAAAAAUCAGCCUUCCAGUAGUUCUUCAUCACGACCAUGAGUGGCGCUGUUGAGCAAUGCAACACGUGAUCCUGCGCGUUGAACGUGGCUGCAGCUGUUGUCAAUAAAUACAACGAUCAGGAUUUUCCACAAGAAAUCAAGAUGGAGAUCUGCAUCGACAGCAUAGAGUCGGCCCAAAAUGCAGUAAAUGGUGGAGCUAUGCGACUGGAAGUAUGUUCAGGUCUCUCGGACGGUGGACUAACUCCGACACCUGGCUUCGUUAAGUCUCUGCGUAAAAUGACGAGCAUUCCUUUGUACGCGAUGCUUCGAAUUCGAGGCGGUAACUUCGUUUAUACCCCUGAAGAGGUUGAGGCCAUGCUCUACGAUUUGGAAUUACUGAAAACCGUCGGCGUGGACGGUUUCGUCUUCGGCGCGUUAACGUCCGAUGGAAAAAUUGAUGGCGAAACGAAUAAAAAAAUUAUCGACACGGCGUCGCCGCUGCCCGUAACUUUCCACAGAGCUUUUGACGAGGUCAAUUAUAAUCCACAGUUAGCAGCCCGAAUGAUAUCUCAGCUCGGAUUCAAGCGGAUUCUUACUUCCGGACAGAAAAAUUCUGCGGAAGAAGGCCUGGAUCUUAUCAGAAGUCUCGCCUCCGCGGCAUCACCUGGUUUUACGAUAGUGCCAGGAGCUGGAAUAACCCCGGAUAAUAUUAAGAAAAUCAAGGACGAAUCGAUGUGUAGUGAAUUUCACGCGUCGGCCAGAAAACCAAAGACUGAAUUUGGCACCAAGCACAAAAUGGGAUCUGAGAAGGAUUCUAACUCAUUCAUGGUUGCUGAUGAAGAAACAGUCCGGCAGUUGGUUCUCGUUGUGAACAGAGCUUAAAUCCGCCAGCUAUACCGAUCCUUCGAUAAUUUAUUGAACUACUCUAACUUAAUCUAUUAAAGAGAUAGAAAAUUGAGCCAAAUAUGUAGCUUGUUUCCACUAACCACUAAUUACUUUGAAUGCGCCGUCACCUAGACUAUGCAAAAGCAGUUUUAUACGAAACUGGAAAUUGUCUACUCUACUUCGGACAUCACACUGGUUAUAAAAAGGUCAUAACAUAUAAGCAUAGAAUUUUUAAGAAGACGUAAAGAAUUUCGUAUGAAAUAAUUUUUGAAUCCAUCUUCGGCCCAUUUCAUUUCCAAUCGAGACUUACCGGUGGUUUUAUCGGUCGUGUAAGAAAGGCGUGAUCAACGAUUUACGAGUAGUUUAUACCACAGGCGAUACCGUAUCAGGGCGCAAAGUUCCAAGCAAUCUGUACUGCAGAAUUGCGUCUUGCAUAUGUGGGGAAGAUCAAAGUACCACAUGUUUUAUCAGUUGCAAUGUUCUCAUUUUACCCGACAAUGAAACGUCUAGCAAUGAAUGUUUUUAAAGAUAAUUACUUGAAAAAACAUAAUUAUUUGACCUCGUUUAACUUCCAAGCUGGUUUACAUGUUGCGUGGCUGUUAUAUUGAAUUUAUAAUCAAACCACUUACGGGAUCAAAUGUUUUUGAAAUAUUUAAUAGUUUCCUGGCAAAUAAAGCGUGAAUAUCUAGAAAAUAUUGUACGCAAUGCGUCUGAAAUAUUUCGAAUAUAAGGUUUCCACGGACGCUAAAACAUUUUUUAAAGCUACAGUGAGCAAGUGAAUGAACGAAAGCAACCUUCAAACAUUUUCACCCAUGCAAGCAAUUGUUCAUGAAUAUUUAACCUAGCAUAUCUGAACGAUGAGUAUACUGCAAAUUUUAUUAUUAGUUACGAAUUAAAAACAAGUUCUUAUACAUAAACAAGAAAUUCAAAUUGACAAAUGUAUAACAAGAAUACCACGAUAAGGCAGUAAAACGUAAUGCGCUUAUUGUACCCGAAUGCGAAUCACGUGUUAUGCAACUAUUGUGUGAAAUAAAAUGAAAAAGUAGAAAUUA